CCGUGCUCCGCUUGUGUCGGCUGGGACCCGGACCGGGGGACUUUCUGACCCCAAGCUCGCCUGCGAACGGGCUGCCAAUGGCUACGCAAAAGGGCUUCCGCAUCGAGCACGUCGUGGGGCAAGGGCGCAUCAUGCGGGCGAGUCGCCGCUAUGAGCCCGGCGACACGGUGCUACGCGAGCCGCCCUGCCUCACGUGGCCUCACGACGACGCGGAGCAGCUAAUCUCGUCCUUCAUGUGCGCCUCGGCGGACGUGCAAGCUGCGGUGCUCGACAUGGCCGCGCCGGACGCCGACGCGGGCCUCAGCUGCAUCGUCUCGGACCACGCGAGGAUGGAGGCGGUGGCGGAGCGAGCGGCCCGCUCUGCCGAGAGGAGCAGCCUCGCCGCGCGCAUGGCGGAGGCGUACGACGGCCCGCGUGCCGCCGAUCUCUUUGAGCACCUACUCCUCAUUGGGGACAUCAACGCGCAUGCCUUCGGGAAGCGCGCCGGCCUCUUCCCGAUUGCGGCGAAGGCCAACCACUCUUGCUCGCCAAAUUGCGGCCACAGCACUAGAGUCGGCGGGGAGAUGCACUACUUCGCGACGUGCACCAUCGAGGCUGGCGACGAGAUCGUCAUCUCGUAUCUCGACCAGCUCUGGUCCACGACACGAGAAGAGCGGCGGCGCGUGCUCCUUACCCAGAAGCUCUUCUACUGCACUUGCCCGCGCUGCAGCCGGGCGGACAGCGGCGGCGGCGGGCGGCCGCCGCUCGAGGAGAUCGAGCCGGACUCGCGCGGAGGCGAGUGGACGGCGCCGCAGCAGCUCGCACGGGCGGAGUGCGCGGCGGCGGGCUGCGCCGAGGAGUGCGCCACUCUGGGCUUGUGCUCGCCGCACGCGCCGUGCGCAGACCUCGUCGGCAAGGCCGUGACCGCGUUCCUCGCUUGCCGCGCGGAGGCUGCCGAGGCGACGAAGCGAGGGCUGCCGAUCGCCUCGGCGACCACCACCGCGCUGAGCGCGCAGAUCAGCGGCCGGUACUGCCGCUGGGCGGUGCUGCAGUUUGGGGCGGAGGACCGGGCCGUGGCGCUGAUGCUUCGCAGCCGCUGCAACAGCUGCGCACCAGAGCUGGGCCGGGUCGUGACACCUGACACGGAUGGCGGGAGCGAGACGGAGAGAAAAAGAGCGUGAGUGAGGGCUGAGGCAGCGCGCAGUGUGUUAAACCUUAAAGAGAACACGG